AUGGAGUCCAUCGAAGACAAACAAGGCAACCUUUCUCUGCAACCUUCAGCCAAAGAACCGCAGCAUGCCCAUGGUUCCCAGGCAAUCACCCAUGCAAUUAACGCAGAAUUCUCCCUCGUAAGUCGGUUAACCCAGGGGUUGGAAAACUGCGACUGGGAUCAGUUGGAAGAGAAAUAUACGGGUGCCAUGGACGAACACAGCCGUGCUGAAGAAGAUCUUCGCGCUGAGACCGCCAAACUCCUCGAGAUCUUCACCGCUUGGUCCCAAACUACUGUUCUGCAGGAUGAGAAAAGAGCCUUGAAACGGUUCAAAACACAGAUGCAGCAUGUGCAGAAUUCUGAAAUAUCUGUGGAGAACAAGAAAAAGCACUAUAUGGAAGUUGUCAAAGCUUUCCAGAGUGCUCUAGCCUUACUCAAUGAACAGCUCAAGGCUUGA